CAUUAAAUAUGUCUGUUGAACCAUAGCAAUAUCAAUAUGUUUUAAAUAAACUAGAACUAUAAAAAAACUGUUAUAUGGCUGUGUUAUUAAUAUGAGGUUUAAUCAAAAGGAAUUAGCGUUUAUCGCUCUCCAACCAGCUGAAACUUUUGAUCUUCAAGGUUUAUUGUGGUUGAAAGAAAGAGAUGGUUUUUUUUUGAAGCGAACUGAGUCAUAUACAGAAAGAUGGUGUAGAUUAAAAGGAAAUCUUUUAUUUUAUUGUAAAGGAAGUGAAAAGACCUCUGAACUUGCUGGUUUGUUGGUUUUAGAGAGAUGCAAUAUCAGUAAAGAUGUAAACUCUACCAGGAAAUAUGCAUUUACUCUAGUGUUCGACAGACAAGACGAAGGACAGCAUUACCAUUUUGCGGCGAAUUCCGAAGCUGAGUAUAACGACUGGAAUAAACAUAUAAAAAAUGCAAGCUACGAAAAGCUCAAAGAAAAAUUACAAAAACUAUGUGAACAGAUUACCGAGAUGACUGGUGAGCACCCGUUGCCGCAUAACCAUCCAUUUCGUGACGAUAACGAUAGCGAGCCUCCAAAACCACCAAAACCGCUCCACAAACCUCCGUUGCUGGAAAUAAGCAUGGCUUGCAAUGAUCUAAAACCAACUGUGGAGAAUAAAUAUCCAAAUGCAGUUAUAGUUGUUAGUACUAUGACCCCUCCUGGAGCAACUUGGUCCAGACUUGCACAGACUGAAAUAAUAGAGCAAAAACGUCACCCAUAUUUCUUGACGACUAUAAGCAUACCUUCUGGUGGAAAUUACAGUGAGGUAACAAGACUAAAACUUGCUGUCUUUGAUGUUCGCGACCGAGAUAAAGAAGAGGCAAGUAGUUCACUAAAUAUAGUUUAUGUGAUUGUUAACUUCAAGACAAAUCGUCUUAUUGCACAAAACGUCAGGGUUCUCGUUCUUCAA